AUGAAAUAUUUUAUUCAAUUUGCUCAAUUUCAUGAAGAAUUUAGACUACCAGAACUUGAAUCUUUAGCAAAAAUUGAAGAUGUAAAGUUGAUAUAUAAUAAAAAAGAAUAUAAAGAAAAUUGUCCAUUUUUGGUUGUUAAUAUUGAAACCGAGGAAGAAGCGGAAAGACUUGUUAAACGAGCCAUUUUGAUAAAAAAUAUUUAUGAAUUAUGGGGGAUGGGGGAAACUUAUGAUGAAGUGCAUGCACAAGUAAAAGCUAGUCCUGAACGAUGGUAUCUGUAUAUCCACAAAUCAUUCAAAUUUACGGUAUCAGGCUUCGGAUCCACAUGUUCAUCAGAUUAUCAAGUUCGUAUAAUCAAUUCUUUUUCUUAUCUCGGAUUUAAAGGAGAUAUCAACUUAAAAAAUCCACAAGUACAAUUUGGUGUAUUGGAAGAUUAUGGACUAGAUUCUCAUGCACCAAUUCCACCGCAAAUUCCUUAUACUAUAUAUUUUGGGCGAUUAGCUUCUCCGGGAAAAUUGAUAUAUGAUCCGUUCGUAGGUACAGGUAGCUUUCUUUUGACAUGUGCUCAUUUUGGCGCGUUUACCUUGGGGUCAGACAUUGACGGGCGACAAAUUCGUGGACAAGCGAAUAAAUCUAUAAAAUCUAACGUAGACCAAUAUAAUCUAAGUGACAAAGUCUUGGAUACCUUAGUCUCUGAUAUACGUCAUCAUCCGUGGCGAGAAAAUCUCUGGUUUGAUGCAAUUGUAACUGAUCCACCAUAUGGUGUUAGAGCGGGUGCAAAAACACUUGGUAGAAAAGAUCCAACAAAACGGUCGCGAAUAAUAAAUGGUGUACCAGCUCACAAACGCGAAAAUUAUUAUCCUCCAACCAAGCCAUACGAAAUGUCCGAAGUGCUUAUCGACCUCUUGGAAUUCGCCGCGCGAUAUUUAGUAGUUGGUGGUCGUUUAGUGUAUUGGUUACCAACUAUUGUUGAUGAGUAUUCAAGUACAGAUAUACCCAUUCACCCGUGUAUGAUUCUAAUUUCUAAUAGUGAACAAAAUUUUGGGCAAUGGAGCAGACGAUUGAUUACAAUGGAAAAAUUUAAAGAAAAUGUUGAGGGUGAACAUGCAAAUGUAAAUAAUGCGAAAAGUUUGGAUAAUAUGUCACUAUUAUUCCAAAAAAAGAAAGAAGGAAAAAGUGAUAAAGAUGAAAAAGAUUUCGGAAAAAUGGAUGACAAUGACACUAAUAAAAAACCUGGACACUACUUAUUUCGUGAAAAGUAUUUUUCUUUCAAAUCCGAAGAAAAAACCAAAAGAGAGCAAACAUGGAUAAGAUUUAAAAAUAAAGACAAUACAAAUGACAGUAUCGACCACACUCAAUCAUCUACAUCGCCUACAGAAAAUUUGCAGUGUGAAACGUCGUCAGAUUAUAAUGCCGAAAAACCAGGACAAUAA